CUUUCAGAGGCUUUAUAGUUCCACAAACUCGAAGUUUGAUUUGAAUAAGGAAAGGGUGGAGUUUCAUAAUGCUUUGCCAGGAGUCAUCGAUAUUCUUGCUAAGCAUGAAAAGUUUCAAGAAAUGCCUGAAGCUGAUAAAUGGAUGAGAAAUGUCCUUAAUGGCAAUAUAAUCGGCGGUAAGAACAUGAGGGGCUAACGACGGUAAUGUCUUACAAAAUGAUUGAAAAGCCAGAGAACAUCACGGAAGAGACGUUACGACUGGCCAGGACUUUGGGAUGGUGUGCUGAAAUUUUGCAAGCAUACUGCCUCGUGUUAGACGAUAUCGCAGACGGCUCCAUCACUCGCCGAGGCAUGCCUUGCUGGUAUAGACGAGAGGACGUCGGCAUAGCGAAUGCAGUUAACGAUGCAACGCUCAUCCAUUAUUGUCUACUGCAGAUAUUGCGAGCGAACUUCGAGAAAUCACCUAAUUAUGUUAAUUACUUCCAUAAUUUUAACGAGACGCUCUUCUACACAAGUCUCGGACAAUAUUUGGAUAUAAUGACAGGAUUAACUAAAAAGAACUACAGUUUAUUUACUAUGGAACAUUACGAUGCUAUAGUCAAACAUAAAUCUGCCUAUUAUACGUACAAGCUGCCCAUAUCACUGGGAUUCAUGUUGGCCAACAGGUAUAAUGAAGAAACUCAUAAGGAUGUGGAUGACAUUUCUAUGAAAUUGGGGAGGCUCUUUCAAAUGCAGGACGAUUAUAUCGACUGCUACGGAGAUGAAAAUAUGACCGGGAAAAUGGGAAGCGAUAUCCAAGAAGGAAAAUGUUCAUGGUUAGCAGUAAAAGCCCUUCAACACUGCAAGCCUAAUCAUCGUGCCGUAUUCACGGUUUGUUACGGAAGCAAAGAGCCGGCACACAUAGAACGAAUAAAGGUACUUUACAACCAGCUCAAGAUUCCACAGCUUUACAAAGAGGAAGAAAAUGAAAUCUACAACAAAAUUGUACAAAGAAUACAAGAUGUAUCUUCAGAAUCAGAACGAGAAUUAUUCCUACAAGUCUUGCACGAUACUUAUGGGAGAAAACGUUAGUUUUAUGUUUGGUUUUACUUGAGGAUAUACAUUUAAUAAAAUAAUGC